AUGUGGGGCACUACCAGCCCUGAUCUGAUUUCAGGCCUCGAGCUCUACCCGGGGCUGCAUCCUCCAAGCCCGAGGGUGACCCUGUUCCCAUGUCGCACAGUCUGGCUGUUCCUCCAAGACUGGCCAGACCCUGUGUUUGAAGGAGGAUGUCAUGGAAGGAAGAAUGUAACCCUGUCCUACGUGAAGUUCUAUAAAGAUGGAAAAGUCCUGCAUUUCUCUAGGGACAACCAGCCUCUAUUCAUGGGGACAGCAACCAUGAGGAGCAGUGGCCAGUACAGCUGCACUGGGGAGGUGAUAUGCUUCCCACAAAUGGACAGACAAGCCUCAGGAACCGCCAUGGUUCAAGUCCAAAAGCUGUUCCUGCCUCCUGUGCUGAGUGCUGGCCCCUCUCCCAAGCCCCAGGAGGGAGCGCUGACCCUGAGAUACCAGGAGAAGCUGCACCCCCAGAGGUCGACCUCACGGCUCCUCUUCUCCUUCCACAAGGAGCGCCGCACCUUGCAGGACAGGGACCUCCACCCAGAGGUCUGCAUCCCAGCAGCCAGACAGGGAGACUCUGGGCUUUACUGCUGUAAGGUGGUUCCUGAGGAUGGCAGGGUCCAGAAACAAAGCCACCAGCUGGAGAUCAGAGUGUGGGCUCCUGUGUCCUGUCCUCUGUUCACCCUGAGCCCCAAGCACCCCAGCCUCACUGUGGGGGACAUGGCGGAGCUCCUCUGUGAGGCCCAGAGGGGCUCCCCUCCCAUCUUGCACUCAUUCUACUUCAAUGGGGAGAUGCUGGGAAACCACUGGGUUCCCCUUGGUGGAGCAGCCUCCCUCAUCUUCCCGGUGACAUCAGAGGAGGAUGCUGGAAACUACACCUGUGAGGCCAAAAACAGGGUCUUCAGAGAGAGAAGCCAGCCUGAGAUACUCUCCCUGAGGCCUGAAAAAGAAAAAGUCACAUGAGCACACAUGGAGUUGGGAGACACCUGCAAGCAAAAGAAGAGGGCUCAGAAUGAAACCUACCUUGCUGACACUUGAUCA